AUCUCCAAGAUGUCUACUCCUCAAGAUAACGCUUCAAAUGGCGAAGAGCUUGCUGAGAGCAUCAAUUCCAUGAACAUUGGUGGUGAAGAGGCCCGCCUCGGACCCGAUGGUGAACCUCUCCCCAAGACCGACGAAGAGUAUGCUGAAUCGCAGCUCACUCUGCGUGCUAUUGUGUCAUCAAAGGAAGCCGGUGUUAUCAUUGGCAAGGGCGGAAAGAACGUCGCUGAUUUGAGAGACGAAACUGGAUGCAAGGCGGGUGUGAGCAAGGUUGUACAAGGUGUACAUGACCGGGUUCUGACAAUUGCCGGCGGAUGUGAUGCGAUCUCCAAGGCUUAUGCUAUUGUCGCAAAGGCUUUACUUGAAGGUGCACCACAGAUGGGCAUGGGUGGAGUUGUAUCAAACAAUGGCACACAUCCCAUCAAGUUGUUGAUCUCCCAUAACCAGAUGGGCACGAUCAUUGGCCGACAAGGACUCAAGAUUAAGCAUAUUCAGGACGUUUCCGGGGUUCGCAUGGUCGCACAAAAGGAAAUGCUCCCCCAAUCCACUGAGCGUAUUGUUGAAGUCCAAGGCAGCCCAGAAGGCAUCCAGAAGGCAAUCUGGGAGAUUUGUAAGUGCUUGGUUGAUGACUGGCAACGCGGAACUGGCACAGUCCUCUACAACCCCGUUGUUCGUACUCAGCCAGGCGCUGCAGGUGGAAUGGGACAGGGUGCCAUGGGCGGUAAUGGCGGCGGACGCGCCGAACGCGGCGAAUACAACAACCCACGUGUUAUGCGCACUGGAAACGGAGCCGAUUUCAGCGAGGGUGCACCCCGAUCUUACAAUAACCGUCGCUCGGAUUCCGACGCUGCUCAACGUGGUCCUCCAACCCACGAUGAGAAUGGAGAGGAGCUUCAAACUCAGAACAUCAGCAUUCCCUCGGACAUGGUUGGAUGUAUCAUUGGUAGAGCAGGCAGCAAAAUCAGUGAGAUUCGCAAGACUUCUGGUGCCCGCAUUAGCAUUGCGAAAUCACCCCACGACGAAACCGGAGAGCGUAUGUUCACAAUCAUGGGUACCGCCAAGGCCAAUGAGACGGCCCUUUACCUUCUCUACGAGAACUUGGAGGCAGAGAAGAUGCGCCGAAGCCAAGGGACGCCUCAGGACUAG